AAAUAUUGGCACGACAUGGAUGACAGAGUGACAGUAUUUGGGAAAGACAGCCGUGAAACGAUCGGCGCAUUAACGGUUAUUAGCAUGCCCGACGGCAGCACUCCGAUGGAGGAAACUCGGCAAGAUGAGCACAGUCAUCGUACAUUCGCUAACCGGUUCCAAGAUUUUGGCAACAGUACAACGUUUCAUGGUCUCAGCUAUGUUAUCAACAACAAACACAAUGGACCCAGAAGAUUGUUGUGGUUUGUGAUCGUAGUAGCCAUGUCAACCUAUCUCAUUUACAGUGUCACAUUUUCAGUCAUUACUUAUUUCAACUACCCCAUCACCAGUGCCAUCUCCAUCAACUACGUGGACAACAUCACCUUCCCUGCUGUUACUCUUUGUAAUUUCAACCAAUUCCGCCGAUCUGCACUGAAUACUGGUCAGUUAAAAGUCCUUAGUGAUAUCUAUGGACAUAAUCCCCCAGAGGAAAUCGACUUUACACCAUUUGAUGGAAGUCAAAACAUUGAUUUCAAUGAAAAUAAUUUAAAAGAAAUCUCCCAUCAUCUGGAUACAAUGUUGAUCGAUUGCAAAUGGAAAUCUUCUCAGAAAUGCACGGUUCAGAAUUUCACCAGUCGAUUCACUGAUCAUGGCCUCUGCUUCACCUUCAAUGAUCCUAAGGAUGUCGCAGAGGGAUUAGAAGUUAGUAAUGCUGGGAGGAAUGAUGGAUUGUUCCUACGACUGUUUGCUGAGACUAAUGAGUACGCAUUCGGUGAGAAUACUGCGGCUGGCUUUAGGAUUCUGCUGCAUUCCCAAGGUCUCAUGCCACUUGUGAAGGAACUUGGAAUCUCUGUGUCUCCAGGCUUCGAGUCGUCUAUUGCUGUCAGGAAGCAAGUGUUUCAGAAUCUCCGUUGGCCUUACCGGUCGAACUGUACGUCGUCUCAGUUGAGGCAUUCUACAACUUACUCUGUACCGACCUGUAAAUACGAAUGCAAGAUCAAGUAUAUCGCGGAAAAAUGUGGUUGCCGUGACUACAGAUGGCCAGGUACGGUGCGUUUUUGCCAACCGUUGGAGCAUUUCAAUUGCAUCCACAAGUACGAAGUUGAAUACCAGUUGCAAGAGAAGUAUCGUGACUGUCAUUGUCCUGUAUCGUGCAAGUUGACAACAUAUGACAGUCGUAUUUCUAUCGCUUACUGGCCAUCCCAUGUUUUGCCUAACCAAAGCCUCAACUAUACCAGGAAUAACUAUCUGGACGUGUACAUAUUCUACGAAGAACUUAUGUAUGUGAAUAUGGAGCAAAAGGGCGCGUACGAUUCGUACGCUUUGCUGAGCGGUGUAGGAGGUUACAUGGGACUAUUGUGUGGUAUGAGUCUUAUCACCGUGGCGGAAUGGGCAGACUUCAUUUUCAUCUCACUGCUUCAUAAAUUCAAACCACGAACGCAGAACGUAUACAAAGACAAGAGACAUUUGUUUUCCUCUAGUGAUUUUUUUAAAUUUUAUUACGCCGAGAUUGCCUUCAAUCUUCUUCAAAAGUACAUCAUUGUAAUAACCAAUAUGUAUGCUUGGAGAGAAAAUACGGUAACUCCAGACCGUUUGGAGGACAAAGAUUCUAUUUUCUCCAGCGGUAGCCAUGAUUUCAACAUUAGAUCCACCAUAAUUGACGUAGAUGUUAAGGAGACGAACAAGACCAAGCGACGAUGUACAACCUGUAAUGAGACUGACACUCGUUCAUUUGCUGAAAGAUUCCGAGAUUUUGCAAGCAGUACAACCUUCCACGGAAUCAGCAAUGUGACCAAUAACAAACAUAAUGGAUACAGAAGAAUUAUUUGGACGAUGGUUGUGCUCGGUAUGACAUCAUGGCUCAUCACCAGCAUUACACAAACAAUGAUUGAGUAUUUCCAAUAUCCAAUCAGCAGUGUCAUCUCCAUCAACUACGUAGAAAACAUAGCAUUCCCGGCCGUUACUCUCUGCAAUUUCAACCAGUUCAAAAAAUCGGAGUUACUCAAGGGCCACGCAGAGGUGCUUCAAAAGAUUUUCGGACCUGAUCCACAAGUUGAAGUUCUUGACGUGAAUAUAUCUGAUAUUCCAGCCUUUGAUCGGGAAACAUCGGAGGAAAUCUUCGCUGGCAUGUCCCAUCAAUUGGAAGAUAUGCUAGAAGAAUGCACAUGGAAGAGUAGCGAGAAAUGCACGGCCCAGAAUUUCACCCUUCGAUUCACUGAUCAUGGUAUUUGCUUCACCUUCAAUGAUCCAGAUAAUGCCUCAGAAUUAUUGCAAGUCAGUAAUGCUGGGAGCAGGAAUGGCUUGUUCCUACGACUAUAUGUUGAAACUGAUGAGUAUACAUUCGGUGAGAAUACUGCGGCUGGCUUUAAGAUGCUGCUUCAUCCUCAAGGCGUAGUACCUCUUGUCAAGGAACUCGGUUUCUCUGUGUCUCCAGGGUUCGAAUCCUCAAUUGCCGUUAGACAAACUCUUGUGAGAAGUUUACAGCUGCCGUAUAAAUCCAACUGUACUAAAUCAAAACUGACAUAUUCCAGCACAUACACGGUACCGUCCUGUCGAUAUGAGUGUAAGGUCAAGUAUGUCGUGGACAAGUGCGGAUGCCGUGACUACAGGUGGCCAGGUAUUACUAAGUUGCUAGCAUUUGUCUUGAGUCUUACAGGUGUCCAGCGCCUAUCUGCGCGCCACAGCAGCAAGUUGAUUGCGUGUAUCCACAGGAAGGUCAGCCCUUUUUCACGUUUUAACUUAUCCCCUGUUUUAGUCGAGUUUCAGCGACAAAACAUCCAAUGCACUUGCCCUGUUUCCUGCGAAACGACGACGUAUGAGACUCGGAUUUCUCUUGGCUUCUGGCCGGCCGGUCACGUGACUGACUUUUUGGAAUCGUCUUUAAACAUGACAGAGGAACAUGUCAGGAAGAACUACCUGGAUUUAUACAUCUUCUUUGAAGAACUGAUGUACGUGGAAAUCGAGCAAAAAGGGGCAUAUAGUGUAGCCACACUGCAAAGUAACAUAGGAGGUUACAUGGGACUACUUUGUGGCAUGAGUCUGAUAACUUUGAUGGAAUGGGCUGAUUUCACUCUGGUUUCAAUCAUCCGGAAGUGCCGAUCAAGUAAGAAGUAAUCGAGUCCGGUGGAGUAUGAUAUUAUGAGAAUGACUUUAAGAGACUUGUCAAAUAAACUAUAUAGGCCCUACCUUUCUUUCUUUGAUGAAUGUUAGGCCAAAGAUAGAGCCUACUGAAAUGAAACUGAAAAAUGUAGUCUAGAUGGUUUAUGAUUUAUCAAUGUUUAUUAUGAAAAUAUCUGAUUGUUGGAUUAUCAUAAUAGAUGAAUGGUCGAACUAUGGAUCGAGUUGUCAUGUCAUUAUAAGGCUGAUAUAUUAAAGGAAGCUUAUACUAAAAGAGGCUAUAACCUCAAAUUGUUGGUUUCAUCAUUAGAAAUAGAUCUGCAUCUUCAAAAACUAACCGUAGUUGAGAAAAUAUUAUUAAAUAAUUUACGAGUAUUAUCACUUUGAAGUCUUAAUCAGAUUAAUGUAACUAAAAACGUUUAUGAGUGUGAUCGUGUGUCGUUUUUAAUUAGAAGCAUAAGUUACUUGGACAAUUUUUGACUGAGAUCCAAAAAAUAUAUAAAUACACUAAUACGAAGCUGUAUUUCAUGCGGCUGUGGACGGCAAACUCAGUGUAGUAGAGAAAAUCAACACCUCAUCGAUUAUGAUUUAAUUUACAGAGUAUUUGGUUAUUUCUCUGAUGAAAAAUUUUUCAAAUUAAUUCUCAUUAAAUUAAUGGCUCCAUAUUUUUGUUAAUGGAUAUAAAUUAUGAAACUCUUGAGUCGUAUAUGCACGUAAGCACAAAAUAUUUUAGUUUUUAAAAUAUAAGGUCGGCUCGAAGGACACAUUUUCAGUGUUUUUAUGGCUUAGAAUUGUAACCCAAAGUCAUUCAAUUAUAAUUCACUAAUAUAUUCAUUUCUACGCACAUUUAAAAACUGGUGGAAAUAAAUAGCGCCACCAAUAACGAAGGCGUUCGUUUCUUAUUAUGUUGCACGCCACGUUCGUGCAUAACAUGCACAUGGAUCUU